GUAAGGAAUAUUUAUUUCAGUUAGAUUUUAUAUACCAGCAAUUUUAGAAUUACUUCCAUCCUUGAAUCUUUUCAGAAUAAUUACUUUUUCUUAUUCUUAUAAAAAAUUCAUUAUUUAGUUAUUUCAUGUACUCAAUAAUACUCUAAAUUUGAAUAUCUCUACUCUUUUUUGUUUUCUCUUGUUCAAGAAAAAAAACAAAUGAUUGAUGAUUAACGUAAAUAUUUAAUUAGUAUUUCCUAAUCUUCUUACUUUUACGAUAAAUCUUCUUUUGCUGUUCAUUAAAACUUCUAUAAAUAUAAAACUAAGACAUAAAUAACAAGGAUUGAAGGAAAAAUAAACACUGAUCAACAUUUUAAAUAGGGAUAAAUUCACAUGGAAGAUAAUUAUAUAAAGAACUAAAAAUAUUAGGUCAACUAGGAAUACCUAUAAAUAGCUACGCUUCGUAGAUUAAAAUAAAAGUAUGAGUUGAACUUUAUAUAGACAGAUCUAGUAAAUAUGUUACAUAGUUCCUAGAAUAUUUUUAAAUGAAAUCUUAUAAGUGCUGAUUCGAGUACAAUGACAUAUCGAACUAGCAAAAUAAUAAGCUUAACAUAGGAGAUGUGAAUGUGUCUAUUAUACAUUUUUUCAGUCUACUAGUUUUUUUUCUUCUGAUGGUUGAAUAUGACUUGUUGAGUUGGAUGAGAGAAAAUGUGUUUUAAAUUAAGAAAAUUCUAUGACAUUUUUAUUCAAAAGAACAAAAGACGUGGACCGAAAACUCCGACUUUGAUAAAUUAUUUUCUAUGAUUUUUUUUAAAAAAAGAAAUAAUGAAUAUUAUUCAAACAUUAUGAGGAAAUAAAUAAUUUACUAGGCUAAUAUAUUCACUUAUGAACAUUAUAUAUAGAUAAGACGUAUUCCUACAUUAAGCUUAUUAUUUUGAUGAUAAGAAUUUUUAAUUUAUCUCGAAUAUCAUCAAUCUUUCUACAUCCUAAUCUAAAUAUCUAUUCAUUGUUAAUCAUUAAUAUUGACAUUUUUAUUCCAUUAUUAUGUAUAUUCAAAAAAGUUAAUAAUUGAGAUAAAAAUAGUAUCUAACGUUGUAAACAAAAUUGACAGGUUAACUACUAUGAAAUUCUCAAGGAUAUAUGAAUAAUAUUUUUAAACUUAAGAUUUUAUCUGUAUAAUAAAAUAAUUAAUUAUUAUGAUGAUACUUAAUCGCUGAGAAAAUAUUUACAUGAGAAUAAAUAAAUAAAUCUGUGUAUAUCAAUUGAUUUUUUUAUCUUCUAUUUUAGUAUUACGUUCUCUAUUAUACAAUAAAUACAUCGAUCCCAUUUGAACAAUGGUCUCAUAUUAUUGUUCGAACAUAUCCAUUUUAUACUCUAUCACUUUCAAUACCUCCAAAUCAUCUUCUAUUUAUUCGUAUUGCAACCGUUAAUGCUAAAGGUUCAACCUUGAGCGAUUUUCAUAUAAUAAAUCGUACUAUAAUAAAUCAUCAAUUAAUAUCAACAAUAGACAAAUUUCAAUGUUCAUCGGAUGAUAAAAAUCAAUUGUUUUCUAUUCAAUGGUCUAUUGAUUAUGAAUCACGUUUAUAUAUUAAUAAAUAUAUAUUAUAUUAUUUUGAUAUAACAGAAAAUAAUGAUGAUUUAAUACAUAAAUUACUCAUACCAAUAAGUUCGAUAUCAAUUAAUAAACAACAAUCUUAUGAUUUAUAUAAAUAUGAAUUUAAUAGUUCAUUAUUUGAUUUAAAUUAUAAUCAACAUCAUAUAUUAAGAUUACAUCUUGCUUUUAUUGAUCACAAUGAUAAUCAGAUGACAAUGACACAACCAGCAAUAUAUUGUACUUUAACAAGAAAAUAUGCAACUGAUAAAGAUUUUAUACGUUUAUCAUGGACAAAACCAACUCGUUUACCAUUAUCUGUUUAUGGUUAUACGAUAAAAUAUCGACCGAUAAAUUCGAAUCAAUCCUGGUUUGUCAAACAAACAAAUGAUACACAAAUUAUUUUACAUGAACUUCGUCCAAUAACAAAAUAUGAAAUUAUUUUACAAGCAUAUUUAAAUUCUUCUUAUACAGAUUCAUCUGGACCAUCAACACGUAUAGAAGCAACAACCGACGAAACAGGUAACUUCCUGUUCAAAUAA